AUGUCUGACGUUACCGACAAAACUGCCGAGCAGCUUGAACAGCUAAACAUCCAGGACCAGCAGCAGCCUGGUGCGGAGUCCCCAGCCGGCUCUGCUGCCGCUGCCUCUGGCGCCGGUGAAGCCGAGUCCAGCAAAGUGGAAUCGACCUCUGCCUCCCUCUACGUGGGCGAGCUAGACCCCAGCGUCACCGAGGCUCUGUUGUACGACAUCUUCUCCCCCAUCGGCUCCGUGUCGUCGAUCCGUGUCUGUCGCGACGCCAUCACCAAGACCUCGUUGGGCUAUGCUUACGUCAACUUCCACGACAGCGGCGCCGGCAGAAUUGCCAUUGAAAAGCUAAACUACACCCCAAUCAAGGGCAGACCUUGCCGUAUCAUGUGGUCGCAGCGCGACCCUUCGCUCAGAAAGAAGGGCUCCGGCAACGUCUUUAUUAAGAACUUGCACCCUGCCAUCGACAACAAGGCCCUUCACGACACUUUCUCCGUGUUCGGUAACAUCCUUUCCUGCAAAAUCGCCACCGAUGAGACCGGAAAAUCCAGAAAGUUCGGUUUCGUGCAUUUCGAAGAGGAAGAGGCCGCCAAGGAAGCCAUCGACGCCAUCAACGGUAUGUUGCUAAACGGACUCGAGGUCUACGUCGCUCCUCACGUUUCCAGAAAGGACCGUCAAUCCAAGCUUGACGAGGUCAAGUCCAACUUCACCAACGUUUACGUCAAGAACGUGGACCAGGAAACCUCCCAGGAAGAGUUCGAAAAGCUAUUCACUCAGUUCGGUCCUGUCACCUCCGCUGUCUUGGAAACCGACUCCGAGGGUAAGCUCAGAGGUUUCGGUUUCGUGAACUUUGAAGACCACACCGCCGCCCUACAGGCUGUCGAACAGUUGAACGACACCGACUUCAGAGGCCAAAAGCUUUACGUUGGCCGUGCUCAGAAGAAGUACGAGCGUUUGCAAGAGUUGAAGAAGCAAUACGAAUCCUCCAGACUCGAAAAACUUGCCAAGUACCAGGGCGUUAACUUGUUCGUCAAGAACUUGGACGACUCCGUCGACGACGAGAAGUUGCAAGAGGAAUUCGCUCCUUUCGGUACCAUCACCUCCGUCAAAGUUAUGAGAGAUGACGCCGGUGCCUCCAAGGGUUUCGGUUUCGUGUGUUUCUCUGCCCCAGAGGAAGCCACCAAGGCCAUCACCGAGAAGAACCAGCAGAUCGUUGCUGGUAAGCCAUUGUACGUGGCUAUUGCUCAAAGAAAGGAAGUGAGACGCUCCCAAUUGGCCCAACAAAUCCAGGCCAGAAACCAGAUGAGAUUCCAGCAAGCCACUGCUGCUGCUGCCGCCGCUGCCGGUAUGCCAGGCCAAUUCAUGCAACCUAUGUUCUACGGUGUCAUGCCUCCAAGAGGCGUGCCUUUCAACGGUCCUAACCCUCCUCAGAUGGCUGCCAUGGGUGGUAUGCCAAAGAACGGUGUUCCUCCUCAGCAGUUCGGUAGACCAGGUGCUCCAAUGUACGGCAUGCCUCCUCAGGGUCCUCAAGGUGGAUUUCCAAGAAACGGCAACCAGUUUUUCCACCAAAAGCAGAGACAAGCUUUGGGUGAACAAUUGUACAAGAGAGUGUUUGCCAAGACUCAGGACGAAGAGGCCGCCGGAAAGAUCACCGGUAUGAUUUUGGAUCUACCUCCUCAGGAAGUGGUGCCAUUGCUUGAAAACGACGAACUAUUCGAGCAGCACUUCAAGGAGGCCUUUGCUGCCUACGACUCCUUCAAGAAGGACCAGGACGCCCAAACCCAGGCCGAACCUGCUACUGGUGCCCCUGCUGCUGCUCCUGCUGCUGCUGGAGCCACCAGCACCGCCGACGCCAACGAGUAA